AUGGACAAAUAUCCUGUGAAAGAGAGGGGUUCCCACGAUGAAUUUCGUUCGCAUGGAGAUGUCACUGGCAUUGGUGCUGCCUCAGCACGGAGGGCUAUCGAGCCUCCCGCAUCAAUUGGAGCGAUGAGCUAUGAUUAUCGCGUCUCUUUCGAACGGAAACUUGUGCAGAAGAUUGAUUUCCGUCUGCUUCCUAUGGUCAUAAUUAUGUAUAUCAUGAAUUAUUUAGACAGGAACAAUAUAGCCACCGCUAGGUUGGCCGGACUUGAAGAUGAGCUACAACUUACCAGCGCUCAGUUUCAACUUGCGGUCAGCAUUUUAUUCGUUGGAUAUGUCCUAAUGCAAGUGCCUUCGAACCUGCUGUUGAACAAGAUCGGACGACCAUCCAUAUACCUCUCAACCUGCAUGGUGGUUUGGGGACUUGUCAGCACUCUGACAGGUACCGUAAAUAGCUAUGGUGGCCUUGUUGCGGUUCGAUUCGCCCUGGGUUUCGUUGAAGCUGCGUAUUUCCCAGGUUGCCUGUAUUUCUUGUCUUGCUGGUACACUCGUAAGGAACUAGGAUUCCGCACUGCCAUCCUCUACUCCGGGUCCCUCAUUUCAGGCGCAUUCUCAGGUCUCAUUACCGCUGGUGUAGCAGACGGUAUGGACGGGGCUCGCGGUUUACGGGCAUGGAGGUGGAUCUUCUACAUCGAAGGGGCCAUCACAAUCGUCAUAGCUAUUGCUGCCGCGUUUAUCCUUCCCAACUUUCCUCGAACCACCAAAUGGCUUUCGGAAGAGGAACGAGAGCUUGCGAUCUAUAGGCUGGAGGAAGAUAUAGGCAUGGAUGACUGGACCGGUAGCGCCGAUCAGACAUUCUGGCAUGGCUUCAAGCUAGCCAUAACUGAUAUCAAGGUGUUCAUCCUUGCAAUUCAGCUGACAGCAGUCGUGAAUGCCGCCUCGAUCACGAAUUUCUUCCCCACCGUAGUGGAGACGUUGGGCUACAACCCUAUUCCCACAUUAUUACUUACUGCGCCGCCGUACGUCCUAGCCGUCAUUACCUCGUUUCUAAACGCAUGGCAUGCAGACCGCACUGGCGAACGAUACCGCCAUAUCUCUUUACCCCUACUAGUUGGGAUUGCAGCGUUUAUAUUAGCUUCGGCUACAACGGCGGUGGCGCCUAGAUAUGUAGCAAUGAUGCUCAUGUUAUCAGGAAUCUAUCCCUCAUACGUCGUCAUCUUGGGGUACAUCUCCAACUGUAUCCCCCGACCUCCCUCAAAGCGCGCAGCAAGCCUCGCCUUCAUCAACGCCGUGUCCAACUGUGCUCAAAUUUGGGCCUCGUAUCUCUACCCGAAGUCGGCAGGGCCGCGAUACGCCGUCGCGAUGAGCGUCAAUUGCGCCACGCUGUUUGUGGCGCUCGUGAUGGCGACGAUCCUUUAUUUCAUGCUGCAGCGGCUAAACAAGAAGCUGGAUCGCGGAGAGCAUGUGGAUGGGGUCAUGUCGUCGGGUGGCGCCGUGCCGGAGGAGGCGGCUGGGAAAGGGUUUCGCUUUUUGCUCUGAGAUGAGAACACUGCUUGAUGAUUUCGUGGACGAGUAUCAUGUCAAGUUGAAGUCUAGUACUUACUAUUAUCUUCAAAUAAUGUAGCAGAAACGAACAACUAGGCGGAAUAGAAGCCGUAAGUUAGCUGAUGAGUCAAAAGGAAGGAGUUCGGUACUCUGCACGGGAUGUGGGGGAUGUGGGCAACGGAUCGGUCCAUUCCGUCUGAUGAGAUCAUUGACCCUAUGACGACAAUAGGAAUCGGAUUACCCUUGAAUAUUUUGUUUCCGAAUGACGACGAUUAUUCGGUCCUCACUACUUUGCGCUUCGUGUAGUGGAGUCGAUUAAAAUUUAGCUAUGCUACAAUGAAUUUAAGACUGGUCGUACACGCACGGCCUUGCGGACCACCCCUUCUUG